CAAGUUUAUAUGAUCAUUCCUGUUUAUGAUUUAAUUAUCAAUUGCUUAACUUAGUUUUCGUUUAACUGCUGAAUUUUAAACAAGUGCUUUGAAUAGUUUCAAAUCCAAUAAGGUUUCACUAAAAUACAAAUCGAGAGAUGAGCAUUGAAACUCCACCACUAAAAACUUUGACAAAUCGUCAAAUUGAGCUUAUUAAGUGCAACUGGAAAGGAUUAAAUGAAAAUCCAGAAGAAUCUGGACAAGCAAUUUUCUAUACUUUUUUGCUUCGCCAUCCAGAACAUAAACAACGUUAUGCUGCAUUCAGGAACAUUUCUCUGGAGAAUCUUAAGGAUACGACUCAAAUUAAACGGCAUUGUAUGAAAAUUAUGAAUGUCUUUGGGACUGUAAUUGAUGCCCUUGGAACUGAAAACUGCAAAAGUAUCAUUUUUGAUGCCGUCGCUGAUAAUGCUGACUUUCAUGGCAAGAAAGGAAUCACAAAAGAGCAUUUCAAUCAAAUCCGUGAAAUUUUAAUUGAGGUGGUUACUGGAGCUUGUACUUUGGAUGAUGAAGGACAAGUUGCUUGGAGUGACUUGAUGGAUACAAUGUAUCACAUUACAUUCAAUGUUUUAAAUGAAUUGAGGAAAUAAAUUGAUAUUAAAAGUUUAUGGAAAAUAGUUGAAAUUUGAGUAAUAAAGUAAAUAUUAAGUUUACACUAGGCACAGUUAAACUUACUAA